CUUUCUUUCUCCUCCACCACUUUCAUCAACCCACUCGAACAAACCUUAUCUUUCCCGUUAAACUUCUCCCCAACCAACAUGCCUGAAUCCCGUGAAGACUCUGUCUACCUCGCCAAGCUCGCUGAGCAGGCUGAGCGAUAUGAAGAGAUGGUCGAAAACAUGAAGCGCGUCGCUUCCUCAGACCAAGAGCUCACUGUAGAAGAGCGAAACCUUCUCUCCGUCGCCUACAAGAACGUUAUCGGUGCCCGCCGUGCAUCGUGGAGAAUCGUUUCCUCAAUUGAACAGAAGGAAGAGUCGAAGGGGAACGAGGCUCAGGUUUCCAUGAUUAAAGGAUACAGAGAAAAGAUAGAGUCCGAGCUUGCCAAAAUUUGCGAGGACAUCCUCGACGUUCUUGACAAGCACCUCAUCCCUUCUGCCGCAUCGGGCGAGUCGAAGGUGUUCUACCACAAAAUGAUGGGUGACUACCACCGAUACUUGGCCGAAUUUGCUACUGGUGACAAACGAAAAGACAGCGCAGAUAAGUCCCUCGAGGCAUACAAGGCUGCGUCUGAUGUUGCUGUCACUGAACUCCCUCCUACACACCCCAUCCGCCUCGGUCUCGCCCUCAACUUUUCCGUCUUCUACUACGAAAUCCUCAACAGCCCUGACCGUGCAUGCCAUCUCGCUAAGCAAGCGUUCGAUGAUGCUAUUGCGGAACUGGACACCCUUUCGGAAGAGAGCUACAAGGAUUCGACGCUGAUCAUGCAACUCCUCCGUGACAACCUCACUCUCUGGACUUCUGACAUGCAGGACUCUGAUAAGCCUGCGGAGAAAGAGGAAUCUGGAGAAGCCCCCGCCGAAGAGUAGAUUAGCGGCAUUUGUGCAUAAUUAUGUAUUAUUGUCUUCUUAUUCGCAUCCCCACUGGUUCUUGUGCUGCUCCUCACCUCGCAUUUUCUUCCCUAUACAUACUGCCUCCUCCCUCAUAAUGUCAGCUGUUCUGUGAUUCUGUAUAGAAUUUUUGUGACGAUCGCACCGAGAAUCGAAAACCAAAACGCUUUUCCAAU